AAAUGGGCAAUAAUAUAUUUAGAAUUUGAUGUAACCAAAAUAUAUACGAGUUUAAAUAUAACUGGGAUUGGGUAUUUUUGUCUCCGCUUUUUUCGAAUUGAUUCGAAAUUUCUGAACUGAACUACUUAUGUUAUUCAAAAAUAUUUCCAAUAGAAUAGAAAUAUUUUUCUUUAAAUAAAAUUUGCAGGAUUAAUGCCAAGAUUAGAAUAGAUUAGAGAAGCAAAUUUUCAGUUUUUUGGAAAGGUACCAAUUGUAAAUAAAAAUAAUAUGUGCGAUAAAAGGAUAUGUGCAUGUAACAUUUGAUUGGUGAUAAAUUAACGUUAUAAUAAGUGGUUAUACUUCUUGCAGUGAUAAUGUCUUUUGUUUUAAAAAAUAGAUAGGUGGACAAACAAAAUAGUCACCUCCACCUUCAUCACCUUCGACUAUAUACAUUACAAACAUAAGAAAUAUGUCACUAACCUAAUAGAAUAGAAUACCAGAUAUUUUACCGCAAAAUAGCAGUACUUGGUAUUGUUUUGUUCCGGUUUGAAAGGUGAGUGAGCUAGUUACAAGCACAAGAGACAUAACAUCUUAGUUCCCAAGGUUGGUGACGCCUGGACGAUGUAAGCGAUGUGUGGUCGUUGGUGAACACUUACCAUCAGGUAGCCCAUAUAUGUAUAUAUAUAUAUAUAUAUAUUAUGAGUUGUUGGUAUCUACCCAGAGAGACGUACACAAAGUCCAAAACCUAACUCAUAUGCCCGUUACAAUCAUAAAGCAAUAAAAAAGCGACCACGCCUUGUUCGAACAUGGCUGACUAUUUGACAGUGUCUUUUGUCGAGUCCUUUUGUUUUACAUGUCCUCAAUAAACAUAUCUAUGAAAUAUGCAUGUUUUAAAAAGUAGGUAAAACCACAGGAUAAAGUAAACAGCUAAGAGUUAAUAAAUAUAUACUUUUUAAAUUCAUUAAACGAUAAGCUUGUCGAGGAAGAUAAAAUUAUAAUUCAUUUAGUUCAACCGUAUUCUUUGAUAAGGAUACAUUUGCGAACAUAUUUUUUUUUAAUCGUUUCGUUUAGCUAAUUAUUUUGUAAAUAAUAUUGUUAUAAAAUAAAAAAUAAAUUUCAAGACUCAAACCCUGAAACAUGCGUAAGCGCCACGAGCCGAAAGUACAGGUGACAGUUGAGGUUGCAGAAGGUCUUCUUGGAGGAUUAAUAGAGACCAACAAAUAUGGUGGAGAAUUUUAUAGCUUCAGAGGAGUCCCUUACGCAGAACCACCUUUAGGUAACCUGCGAUUCAAGGCUCCACAACCAAAAAAACCAUGGACAGGAGAACGACAUGCCAUAAGACAUGCAAACAUUUGUUACCAGUAUGACGUUAAUUCAAAAUCAAUUCAAGGCAGUGAAGAUUGCUUGUACCUCAAUGUUUACACGCCAGAAAUUAAGCCGGAUACACCUCUUCCAGUAAUGUUUUGGAUCCACGGCGGCGGCUUUGUGAGCGGGAGUGGAAACGACAACAUAUACGGUCCAGAGUUUCUUGUAAAACAAGGAGUUAUUCUUGUAACAAUUAAUUAUAGACUUGAAGUUCUUGGCUUUCUUUGUCUUCACACCAAAGACAUACCGGGUAAUGCCGGAAUGAAGGAUCAAGUAGCCGCUCUACGAUGGGUUCAAAAUAAUAUUAGUAAUUUCGGUGGUAACCCACAAAACGUUACAAUAUUUGGUGAAUGUGCUUCAUUUCAUUGCCUUUCUCCUAUGAGUAAAGGUCUUUUCAAAAGAGCUAUAAUUCAAAGUGGUUGUGCAACCAGUUGGUUACCGAAUGUGUCUAUGCCUCGAGAAAGAGCUUUAGCACUCGCAAAAGAAAUAGGCUGCAAUUCAGAGAACGAUGAUUAUUUAGACAAUUUUUUUAAGAACACAUCGGUUAGGGAACUUGUUAACAAACAAAUAUAUUUGUCGUUGGUAGAAAGUACAAAAAAGUAUAUGCAUUCAUCCUUUGGUGUUGUAAAAGAGAAAGAAUUUAAAGAUGUCGAGCGAUUUUUUUCUGAAAACGUUUAUGAUGCUCUUCGAAAUGGUUUUCAUGAAGGUAUUGAUGUAAUGAAUGGAUAUACUGAAAAUGAAGGCAUUAUAUUUCUAGCAGGUGGUCGCGACAUCCAAGAAAUGUUAGUUCAGGCUAAUAAUUACCCAGAGUUUUUCGUACCUAAACCAAUUGAAUUAGGCUGUCUAAUAAGUACACAGCUGGAAGUUGGAAAAAAGAUAAAAAAAUAUUAUUUCCAAGAUUCCAAAGUAUCUGAUGAUACAAUUAAUCAAUUCCUUAAAUUUGUAAGUGCGGAGUCGUUUAUAUAUCCAGCUAUAUUGAUGCAGAAAACAGUAGCGAAAUUAAAAAUAAAUAAAUUAUACCUUUACAAAUUCACUUGUAAAUCAGAGCGAAAUGUGUUUACACGUUAUAUAAAGGUAUCAGAUAUGUUUAAAAAUGCAACAGUAGUAUGUCACGGUGAUGAUUUACCUUACAUUUUCCCAUUUCGAGAACUCGAUCAAAAGAUUGAAAUUGAUUCAAGGACUUAUAAGAUGAUCGACAAAGUCACCAAGUUAUGGACCAAUUUUGCAAAAUUUGGAAACCCCACACCAGCUGGAUUCAAGGGUGUUAAAUGGUUACCAUACACAACAGAAGACGAAUACUUUAUGGAUAUUGGGGAAGACCUUAAAAUUGGUUGUUCACCGGAUGAAGAUGAGAUGGAGUUUUGGAACAAUAUUUUUAAAGAAUACUAUCCUCAUAUUUCAUUUAAAUAAAUAAACAUGCCUUAUUGCA